UAGCAGUUGUUAACUGUAAUUUCAUUUAACACUGCUAAUUUUCAAGUCUCUCUCAACAAGUUUUCGCUAUCAAAUUCAAAAACAGUGUCAAAAUGAAAUGCAUUAUCCCAAGUUUUGUAUCUCAACUGCUGUUUACUAAGCUGAACUGACGCAUAUAUAUUUGUUUUUAACUAAUUUUUACAACCAAACUGAACUCCUGUUCUACUCAUAUUUUUAUAUACUUUUGAAAGUUGGCGGAUUCAAAAUGAGUUCUUCUAAUGCUAAUAGAGAAAAGUUGUUCGCCAAAACUGUUCCUGUGUCUAUUACUGAUGGAUCAUUUACAAAUUUGCGUUUCUCUAUGUCCGCUGCCCGGAAGUUACCAAGACUUGGCGAUUAUUCUGCUACAGAUCACAAUAUAGAAAAAUCUCCCCUUAAUCAAAAUUAGUUCAUAUUUGUUCAAUUUUCCCCUAUCAAAGGAUUGCCUAAAUUUUGCUGCUGUUAAAUCCCAAAGUUCGUAUUGCUUGGCAUUUUGAGAUAAUUCAUUGUUUUUAUCUAUUGAAUGGCAACAAACUGCAACCAUGAAAAAGGAACUUUUCAUCACUUUAACAGAUAACUCGGACCCUUUCUUUUUAUAUGAUCUUCAAUUGUCUGAUGAUGAUUUCCAAAGAUUGAAAAGCAGUCAAAAUCUGCUGAUGGACUUUUCUGCUUUUCCUCAAACAGUUAUACAUUUUCUUGAGCUUUGUCUGAAUGAAGCAAAAGAAUCUCAACCAAACUAUCUAUUACACCUAAUCAAAGGAGAAAGAGUUGGAAAUAUUCCUCCAAGUGCUCAGCUAGAUAUUGAACAAUCAUCUGUUUUUAGACAAGUAUCACUUUUAUCACUUAAGUUUUUCGCUGCAACAGAUUCAACUAUCACACAACAUGUGACUAUUGGCUUCAGAAACUUGAAGGAAGAAAAUCAGAGAUUACAGAACCAAUUGUGCCACCUUGAAAAUAAUUUUAGGGCAAAAGUAUCAGAUCUAGAAUCAGCAUUAGAAAAGAAGUCACAAGAACUUGAAAAUGUUAAAAGAGAACUAAAUGCUGAAAUAGACAAAAGAGAGAGUUGGCAUUCUCAAAUGCUGAGGGAGGAAAGAGAGAAACUUUUAAAUAAACAAAGAGAAGGUGAGAAUAGACUUGAAAGUGAAAGAAUUGACAGAGAAACGAAACUGAAAAGGGACAUAGAACACUUGGAAGCUAGAGUGUCAUGUUUAGAGAGAUUAAAUAAAGAAUUAGAAAAUAAGAAAACAGAAUUAGAACGCCAGUUGAGUGCUCUGCGUAGUCAUAAUCUGUCUGUUGAAACUGAUUUGAGAUUAAAAAGUGAGGCACUGACCAAUGCAGAAAGGAAGAAUUCUGAACUCAUUGCUGAUUUCAAGGAAUCGAGUGGGCGCAUAAAUCACUUGAUGGGCAAUAUCAAAGAUCUAAAUGAAACUUUAAAGCGCAAAGAGAAACAAAUAGAUGGCUUACAAAGAGAUCUAGAUAAUUCUAAGAAGGAAAAGAAAAAAAUAGCAAGUGGCUUAAGUGCUGCAGAAGAGCAGUUGGAUAAAGAAAAGAAAGCAAGAAAAGAAGUGGAACAUGAGCAUCUCAAAGCAAUUCAGAUUAUUGCAAAGUAUCAAGACACGGUAUGUGAGGAGACUGAUAAGAACAAAGCAUUAAUCAAAAAAACAACCAAGCUUGAAGGAACUUCUAAUAAGCAAGAGCAAGAAAUUCAGUAUCUUGAAAACGAACUUAAAAGAGAAAGUAACACAAAUCAGAGACUAGCUAUAGAAAUAGAGCAGAUUAGAGUGUAUCAAGAAACUAUAGGUAAACUUGAAGGAGAAAAUCGAAAACUUAACUUGUAUAAUAGUGAAAUUACCAAGCUGUUACACGAGAAUAAUCUAAUUCUUGAAUAUAGGCCUCCUCCAUGCUUUGCAGAAAACUUUCCUAUUUGUGAAGUAGUUAAAUUUUUCUUUACAUUCUCUUAUAUCUGUAUGUAUCUGUAAACU